AGAGAAUUAAUUAUUUCAACUCGUCAGGUAGACAAGCCGAGCAUCGCAGUGAGAGAGAGAGAGAGAGAGUCCGAGGAGCCGAAGGCAAAAGCAAAACUCGACCUUUGGGACACUCGGAAGGAUAACUUUACACACCAUUUUUGCCUCCAACAACUCUUCCUCUGCAUGAUCUUAGUCCCCUACCCCCUAUAUUAAGUCCCUCGCGUCACCUAAAGCCCUCUCAUACCAUCCUUUGAUCCAAUCAUGUCUCAUUUGGCUAUCUCUCAGGUUUCACUUACUGCUCCUGUUGGAAGCGAUUUUUCUAUCAGAAGAUCAGUGUUCAAGGCACAAAGCAUAAACUUUAAUGAUAAAUCUUGGGCACCUCUUUUACCUUUGGACUUGAAAACAAAGAAUGGGGGGCUGAGAAAUCAGCGGAUAGUAUGCAUGUCAGUGCAACAAGCAAGUGUUCCUAAAGUUGCUGUAUCUCCUCUACAACUUGAAGAUGCUAAUGAGCCCCCAUUAAAUACAUACAAGCCUAAGGAACCUUAUACUGCAACCAUUCGUUCUGUUGAGAGGAUUGUAGGCCCAAAGGCUCCUGGAGAGCCCUGCCAUAUUGUAAUCGAUCAUGAUGGUAAUGUUCCCUACUGGGAAGGGCAAAGUUAUGGUGUAAUUCCUCCUGGUGAAAACCCAAAGAAACCUGGGGCUCCACAAAAUGUUCGUCUUUACUCAAUUGCAUCCUCAAGGUAUGGAGACUAUUUUGAUGGCAAGACAACCAGUUUGUGUGUCCGCCGUGCUGUCUAUUACGACCCUAAGACAGGAAAGGAGGAUCCUUCCAAGAAUGGUGUGUGCAGCAAUUUUUUGUGCAACUCCAAACCAGGAGAUAAAAUUAAGAUCACAGGGCCUGCUGGCAAGAUCAUGCUUUUGCCUGAAGACAACCCAAAUGCCACCCACAUUAUGAUUGCCACCGGCACUGGUGUCGCACCAUACAGAGGUUACCUUCGUCGCAUGUUCAUGGAAUCUGUUCCCAAAUUCAAGUUUGGCGGCCUUGCAUGGCUAUUCCUUGGUGUGGCCAAUACUGAUAGUCUCCUCUAUGAUGAAGAGUUCACCAAGUAUCUCAAGGACUACCCUGAUAAUUUCCGGUACAACAUAGCGCUAAGUAGAGAACAUAAGAACAAUAGAGGAGGGAAGAUGUAUGUUCAGGAUAAAAUUGAAGAGUACAGUGAUGAGAUCUUCAAGCUCUUGGAUGAUGGAGCCCACAUAUAUUUCUGUGGGCUCAGGGGAAUGAUGCCUGGGAUUCAAGAAACCUUGAAGAGGGUUGCCGAUGGAAGAGGGGAGAACUGGGAGGAGAAGCUUUCACAACUGAAAAAGAACAAGCAAUGGCAUGUGGAAGUCUAUUGAUAUGGCAUGAAGCCUACCAUGUUAGGUAAAUUUUCUUUUGGUUAGCCAAUCAUCAGCUUUUACAUAAGGAACUUUUGACUUAGCAAUAGCAUUGAUAUGUAUCAGCAAACAAAGAGACAAGCCCAUCUUCGUUUGGUUGAACCAAUUUGAGAAACCCUUUGAUUGUUGAUUGAUGUUUCA